AUGUCUUCCAGGCAUAUCCGCAAAUCUUCAUUUAUCCACGAUUCUGAUUCGGAAGAUGAGAAGGGUGAAAAAAAUUCAGAAUUUCAUAGGCCCGAUACUAUCGAGAUUGUUAAUUCAAUACGGGAACUUCAGGCCUUGCGAAAACGGCCCGUUGGUAUCAGCCUAGAAGCAUUGCGUGUUGGUAACACGAAGACGAUGGCUAGCGAGCUUUCCACGGACCCAUUUAAACUUAAGACAGGGGGAUUAGUAUCUAUGCGGGAUGUUUACAGUCACAAACCUAAGCUAGAUGAGGAUGAAGUCGAGUUAGGUCUCACUCAUGUUUUUGCCGCCGAGACAAACAAACGGGAUGAGGACGCUGAAAUUAUGAAAAACAUGGGAUCUGAUAUCCUUUCCAAUGUUCCUGAUGUUCUGAAGCCAGUUAUUGGGCAGCAAAAAGAAGAUAUGCUUUCUAAUCAAAUGCUUUGUGGGAUACCAGAGGUAGACUUGGGGGUUGAAGCAAAAAUGAAAAACAUAGAGGCAACUGAAGAAGCUAAACAGGCAUUAUUAAAAGAAAGAUACGAUAAUCGCAAUAAGAGAAGACAAACUGAUCUUGCUCCAGCAAAUAUAUCGGUUAACUUUGUUCAACACAGUAGAUGGAAUAGUCAAGGUGAUCCAACUAUUCGGCACGAGUUUAACUGGCGCAAACGUUCCUUUACUUCUAACUCAAACGAAAAACCUUAUCGCCGCCCAGAUCAUAAUAAGUUGCCUCCACUUGAAGGUAAGCUUCAAUCCCUUAAAGAUUUUUUCCCGUCUAUUUGA